AUGGAACUAAAGAAGCUUUUUCUUACAAGUAGGAAGAGUUACACAGCCAAACGAGCAAUAUCAGAAGGCAUCCGGUUAGAAAACUGCAGAUUAGACAGAGCUGCAAAAUCAGCUAUUGCCCAGGGCCCUCGUCAUGGCUGCAUUAGCUAUGUCUAUGCUGUGUGUCUCGACAAUGCUUCUCAGCUCCUAGAGUGCCCUGGCUACUCCAGAACUGGGACGACAUCUCAGUUCUUGCCAGUUAUUCAUCUCUACUCUACCCAAUUUCCAUGCAGGGAACUGCAAGCUGAAAGAGAGCAAAAAGACAUGCUAGCAAGUGCACGCUUAUCUGGGCGAGGAGAGAACCUUCAAAGGUUUAAUUUUCGUCCUCGCAGACUGGACAUGUUAGAACCCGGUUUGUCUUCUGCUCUGUUUACAGCACUUUUUGCCAACCGGCAUAAACAAAGCCUCAGCGCGUUCUUGUCCUAUGAGGAGAAAGCUACAACUCGCCACGUGCAAAUUAGCGUUUUUAGAGAAAAGAAGAGACAGAUAUGUGCUAGCCGGAAGAAAUAUGUUGAAGUGUUUGAAUUACAGGAAAAGGAAUAUGCCGAGGGGAGAAAGAAGUCGGACGUAUAUGUUGAUAUUUGCCUUAGUUCAGGUGUUGGGAAGAGGAAGGGCUAUAUGAUAAUCGCCUUUGAUGAGUUACGGACAGACUUCAAAAGCCCAAUAGAUCAGUGCAACCCAGUCCACGCACGAGAGCGGUUGAGAAAUAUUGAGCGUAUUUGCUUCCUCCUGCGAAAGCUGGUGUUGCCGGAAUACUCUAUCCAUAGCCUUUUCUGCAUAAUGUUUUUGUGCGCUCAAGAGUGGCUCACACUGGGGUUAAACGUUCCUUUGCUUCUUUAUCACUUCUGGAGGUAUUUUCAUUGCCCAGCAGAUAGUUCAGAACUAGCAUAUGAUCCGCCCGCAGUUAUGAAUGCAGAUACCUUGAGUUACUGUCAGAAAGAGGCCUGGUGUAAGCUAGCUUUCUAUCUCCUUUCCUUCUUCUACUAUCUUUACUGCAUGAUCUACACUUUGGUGAGCUCUUAA